AGUGGAUUUACCGGGCCAUACAUAAUAAGUAAAUCUGGUUUUUUCAAUGCAAUUCAGGCCCGUAGCUUAUAGGGAUUGCCUAAUUCUCUGCAUAGUACCGGUUGUUAAGUAAAUGUCUCAUCGGGCACCGUGAGGUAAAAUGUAUACGAGGUACUCACGCUACACACACACACACACACAGGACAAAUUUGUCCUUUAUGAGAGGUUUAGUAAAAGCAUUGUGUACUUGUUGGGUGUGACAAAAGUUAAUUCUAAGAUUUUAAUAUAAAAAAAAUUUCGCAUAAAUUUUAUAAAUAAGAAAUUCGAUCGAGUCGUUUUACUAUUAUUGUAAUGAAAUAUAAUAGAAAUUAAUAAUGUUUUAUUUUAAUAUUUCGCUAAAGAUCGAUAUCAUUGAAAUAAUUUUGCUCGUGCCUGUGUAUGCCUGUGUCAAUGCAUGAAGGCAUGAAAUGAAACAAAACGAAGUUAUAGAGCCAUUGAAAAUAUUAUUUUUCAAAAAAAUAUAAUCGCAAAAAACUAUAACAAUAAGUACAAUAUAUGUUAUAAUUGUAAGGCAUGUGAGUAGUAAUAACAUUUGCCUUCGAAUGUGUUUAGUUGGAAAAAAUAAGUUCUAUGGUGCAGCAACGUUUGCCAGUCAAUGAAGAAGCAUUUCCAUUUGAAUAUUGUCAUCCAAGCAAUAAUAAUACUGCUGAGAUCAAUUGCAAGUGGGCAAGUGUUAAAUAACGCUAGUGGUAGAAUUGUGGGUGGCGAAGCAACAACAAUUGAUAAAGCUGAUUUUAUGGUUUCGAUACGCGUAUCGGGCAAAUUUAUAUGCGGUGGCAGUUUAGUUACCAACGAAUAUGUAAUAACUGCGGCUCAUUGCGUGAAGGGCUUUUCGCCUAGCAGCUUAACGAUUGUAGGGGGCGUCACGAAACUUUCAGAGGCCGGUGUGCGCCGAGGUGUUACAAAAAUUAUUCUACCUAAGGACUAUAAUCAAAGAACUUUUCAUCGCGAUGCAGCAGUGUUGAAAUUAAGCGGCAAAAUGGAUGGUAACAAUAUUGGAACAAUUGAGCUGUGCAACAAAACAUGGCAAUUGGGUGAUUAUAUACAAGUUUAUGGCUGGGGACAAGUCAGCGAAAACAUUCGGGGCAGUUCAAAUGUAUUGCGCGCAGUUACUGUACCGUUAGUAGGUCGUAAAAAAUGCAUCAGUAUGUAUAAAAAGGAAGCUACAAUUACCCAGAGCAUGUUUUGCGCGGGCAAUGCCGAUGGAAAGGAUUCUUGUGCCGGUGAUUCGGGCGGGCCGGCCGUAUUCGGGGAACAAUUAUGCGGCAUAGUUUCAUGGGGCGUUGGCUGUGCACGCCCUGAAUAUCCCGGUGUUUAUACAAGUAUUAAGACUGUUAAAGGAUUCAUUAAUAAAGCCAUGGUAUUGUAGUACUUGAAAUUAAAAUUAAUUCCAGGUUUCCGUUUCAUUUCUUUAAUAAAUUCGUUUCAAAAACUGAGAAAGAAAGUGUGCAAAGAGAGAGAGUAGUGCAAACAUAACAAGGUAAGUUUUUCUUACGAGAAAGUGAUCAAAGGGAUUAUCGAAUUUCUACUGCCUUUGCU